GGUAUGAAAUGCCCUCCUCUUGGGUCUUGGGUAUAUAUAGCCCGCCUCUAGUCAUCAUACCACACACUCACCCGAAACUCAAACCAGCCAACAUGAAGCUUGUCAUCUUCGCCUGCCUCUUGGCCCUCGCCCUCGCCCGCCCUCAGGACCCCGCCCUGGCAGGAACAAUCCGCAGCGAGAACAUCAACGAGGGAACCGGCGCCUUCAAGUACGGCUUUGAGACCGACCAAGGCAUCAUCGUAGACGCUGAAGGCACCCCAGGCAUUGAGGGCCAGAGCAACAUCAAUGGCGCCUUCAGGUCCCCUCUUGGUGAUGGCAGCUUUAUAGAGGUAACAUACAUCGCUGAUGAGAGAGGAUACCGCCCACAGGUCACCGUGACCCGUUCUUAAGAAGCCAAUCCAAGCCAGCGACACCUGACCACGACCACCACCACAACACCUGACCAUUACUUCACUUGACCACAACCACCAAAUAAAAAUCUCCUCCUAUCCAUUAUUAAACAAAUCCUUCCUAAACAAACACACUAUCCCUCGUCCCUCAAAAUCUUUCAUCCUUAAAAACAAAACAAAAAACUUAACAAUGCUACACGCUCUAGUUUAUCACAACAACAAAAUACCCCCAAAUUCUUUCCUUCCUCCUCAUUAUCACUCGUUGUUGUGACUCCCCUCUAUCCAUCUAUCCCUUUCUUCUAUCUAGUUGAACCUAUCCUGCCCCACCUUGGCCCUUGUUAAUAUAUCUGUAUAUAAACAUCACACGUCCUGGCUGCUGCUUGAGGAUUCGCCUGCAUGAUGGAACUUCAACAGGUUUCCAUUACAGUUUGUUUCUCUGUAAUAAAUGCUCCCUGAAAAUGAA